AUGCAUGGUUUCCAUUUUGCAGAUGACAAAAUAGCAAUGCAUGUUGAGGCAGUGCUGUGCGAGAUGCCAAGCACGUUGUUCCAUGGCGUGUGCGCUGUCGGCAGUAACUGUGCCAGAAUAUGCAAGAAAGAAGGUUAUCUGACCGGGAAAUGCAAGGGGGUGUUGCCAAAAUGCAUUUGCUUACAAGAUUGUGGCGGGAAACCACCCGAGGUUCCUCCACCUGAGGGACCACCUGAAGUUCCCCCACCAGAGAGUCCCCCACCUGAAGUGUCCCACCUAAGGGACCACCUGAAGUUCCCCGCCCCGAAGUUCCCCCACCUGAAGUUCCCCCACCCGAAGGACCUACAAAACCUCCGGGUACGCCUCACCCACCGCAGCCCCCAGUGA